CUUUCCUUUGUUUCAAAAAAUUCUCAAGUCCCAUGCUCCAUUUCUUUUCCUACUUAAAAACUCUCCCCUCUCCCCUCUCUCUUCCCCAAACCCACCAUUUUUCUUUCCCCAACUUCUUCAUUUCUAGGUCAAAUUCUCAAGCUUUUUCCACUCUCUCUCUCUCUCAUCCCUUUUUAUUUUGAAUGGGAAGGCAAAUUGUGAGAAAAAGAAGAAGGGUAUUUUCCCUAGAACCAAACAAGCUGGUGUACAUCAUGUUUGCAAGAAACUAUGCCAAAAAUUUGAUGGCUUCUUUGUCAAAAAUCUCUCCAAAUCAUCAAAAUUUGCAGAAAGUUGUGAAGUUUGAAGUGGACAUGGCAAUGGCUUUAUCUGCUUCAGAAUUUGCAUGGGGCCAUGCUCUCAAACAAAAGCUUCUUCAGAAACAAGAAAAUGGCAAUGGCAAUGGGCGCAAUAGCUUUGAUUUCUCCCUCCAAACACUGAAAUUUUCUCGAGAAAAAGAAGAAGAAGAAGAAGAAGAUAAGAAGAAGAUGGAAAAUGGAUUGGUGAAGCUAAGGAAGAUCUUACCAGGUGGUGAAAAUAAUAAUGAUAGUAAUGGAGAUUUGUUGGAAGAAGAUGAUUUGUUGAAACAAACUGAGAGUUAUAUUAAAUGUCUUGAGUUGCAGGUGAAUGUUCUUAGAUGUUUGGUUGAUACAAACACAGAUUGAUUUUUUUUUUUUUUCUUUUUCAUUUCUUAUGUGGAAAGAAAAAGAAGCAACAUAUAUGGAUUUGCAGGGGUAUCAAUUUAAUAUGUUAUAUAUUUAAUUUCUCUCUUUUGGUGUA